GACCGUGUGCUGUGUCGCGCGCAGUUAGGCAGCAGCCCGUGGAGCUGUAGCCGUCAUGGGAGUGAGCCAUGAAGCACUACGAGGUGGAGAUUCUGGAUGCAAAGACAAGGGAGAAGCUGUGUUUCCUGGACAAGGUGGAGCCCCAUGCCACCAUUGCGGAGAUCAAGAACCUCUUCACCAAGACCCACCUGCAGUGGUACCCCGCCCGCCAGUCCCUCCGCCUGGACCCCAAGGGCAAGUCCCUGAAGGAUGAGGAUGUUCUGCAGAAGCUGCCUGUGGGCACCACGGCGACAUUCUACUUCCGGGACCUGGGGGCCCAGAUCAGCUGGGUGACGGUCUUCCUAACAGAGUAUGCGGGACCCCUUUUCAUCUACCUGCUCUUUUACUUCCGAGUGCCCUUCAUCUAUGGCCACAAAUAUGACUUCACGUCCAGCCGGCACACAGUGGUGCACCUCGCCUGCAUCUGCCACUCAUUCCACUAUGUCAAGCGCCUGCUGGAGACGCUCUUCGUGCACCGUUUCUCCCAUGGCACCAUGCCUUUGCGCAACAUCUUCAAGAAUUGCACCUACUACUGGGGCUUUGCUGCGUGGAUGGCCUAUUACAUCAACCACCCUCUCUACAUGCCACCUACCUACGGUGCUCAGCAGGUGAAGCUGGUCGCCAUCUUUGUGAUUUGCCAGCUUGGCAACUCCUCCAUCCACAUGGCCCUGCAGGACCUGCGGCCCACUGGGUCCAAGACUCGGAAGAUCCCGUACCCCACCAAGAACCCCUUCACGUGGCUUUUCCUGCUGGUGUCCUGCCCCAACUACACCUACGAGGUGGGGUCCUGGAUCGGCUUUGCCAUCAUGACGCAGUGUCUCCCAGUGGCCUUGUUCUCCCUGGUAGGCUUCACACAGAUGACCACCUGGGCCAAGGGCAAGCACUGCAGCUACCUGAAAGAGUUCCGGGACUACCCGCCCCUGCGCAUGCCCAUCAUCCCCUUCCUGCUCUGA